UUCGCAGAGGCAGGGUUUCCGGAGCCGGGGACCACAGUUACACUUCGGGCAGGGGAGCCUCGGGCCAGAGAACUGCACCACCUCCCUCCGCCGGAAGCUCUGAGCAAAGAGCCUCCCUGCAGAAGGUCGAUGGUACGGUCUGAGUUGAUUUAGGAAUUUGGGAAGAAUUCAGCUGAUCUUCCAGUGCUGGGGUUCACCUCUGCUCAACUGCAGCCGUCGCCCCGCUUCGGGACCCGCGGCCGAUCUUUGAUGGAUUGGGUGCCCCUGUCGUGAAGGAUGUCUCAAGAGUUUAUAAACUUAACAACCUUGGAGCCAGAGACGCCGCUGAGCCCAAGGGACCUGCAGCUGGAUGCAGAAUUAGAUUAUGUGGACCACGUCGAAUGGGAGGAGAACACAGACACCCUGCCCAGCUCAUUUCUGCUGGUGUAUAACAUAAAGCCGUUCAAGGAGAAGAACCGCCAGGUCUUCCUGAGAGGCGUACCUGUCACCGUCCAUGUCGAAGGUAUUGAGCGACAUCUGCGAGGAUUCAAGGUUCGGCCGAGUACCGUGUACAUGAUGAGGAUCACCCACGGGGACUUCACCUGGACACUGAAGAAGAAGUUCAAACACUUCGAAGAACUUCACCGGGACCUGUUGAAACACAAGUUCAAGACUCGGGUCAUCCAGCCUUUAACCAGGUUAGCAGCUCAGCAAGGACUGAGACGAGAGCCCGGCAUCACCAUGAGAAUGCCCACGCUCCCUCGCCAACCAGAGUGGGCCUCCAUGAGGCAAGCUUCUAGUAAACAGAAACGCCUGGAGGAAUAUCUGAAUUCCCUUCUCGAGAAGUCCUUUUACAGAAACUACCACGGAAUGAUGGCAUUCCUGGAUGUAAGCGAAUUGUCCUUCAUUCAAGACUUGGGUCCGAAAGGAUUGGAAGGGAUGAUUGUAAAACGCUCUGGAGGACACAGGAUCCCUGGCUUAAACUGUUGCGGCCGCCAUCGGUUCUGUUAUCAGUGGUCAAAGAGGUGGAUCGUUAUCAAGGACUCUUUCCUGCUCUACAUGAGGCCAUCCAACGGUGUCAUCUCCUUCGUUCUCUUGUUUGACAAAGGCUUCAAUGUUCAAGUUGGCAGCCGAGAGACAGGAGCCAAGUAUGGCGUCAUGAUUGAGAACCUGUCCAGGACCCUGAUCAUCAAAUGCAGCAGCUACCGGCAGGCCUGCUGGUGGAAGCAGGAAAUCACCAACCUGGCAGAGAGGCACGGUCAGGAUUUCCUCACGGACCAUCGCUUCGAUUCAUUCGUUCCUGCUCGCCAUAGUAUCCAAGCACGAUGGUUCGUCAAUGGCAGUGGGUAUUUUGCCGCUGUUGCGGAUGCGUUGAACCAGGCCAAGGAAGAAAUCUUCAUCACUGAUUGGUGGCUAAGCCCGGAAAUUUACCUGAAGAGACCAGCGAAGGAUGACUACUGGAGGCUGGACACUAUCCUGAAACGUAAGGCGGAACAGGGCGUGAAGAUCUUUGUCCUGUUAUACAAGGAGGUAGAGCUUGCUUUGGGCAUUAACAGUGAAUACAGCAAGAGGACAUUACUCUCCCUCCACUCCAAUAUAACGGUGAUGAGACACCCUGACCACGUCUCGUCAACAGUGUUGCUAUGGGCACACCACGAGAAGUUGGUGGUGAUUGAUCAGACAGUGGCCUUCCUUGGGGGGCUGGACCUGGCCUACGGAAGAUGGGAUGACAAAGACUACCGCCUCACUGACUUGGGGAUUGCAGAUCAAGUGGAUCACACGGGGGAUCAGGCCAGGAACCACAAUGCAACGGGGCACCUGGAGGAACAGGACGACCAGGUUGCCGAACAGAAGGAGCUCCAAUCUCACUGCCAGUCAGAACCAGCAGAGUUCAAUGUUGACGGAAAGUACUGGUUGGGGAAAGAUUACUGCAACUUCAUCAAGAAGGACUGGGUGCAGUUGGAUAAGCCUUUUGAGGAUUUCAUUGACCGAAAUUCGACUCCGCGCAUGCCUUGGCGCGACAUCGGCGUGGUCAUCCACGGAGGAGCAGCACGCGACGUAGCCCGUCACUUCAUACAGCGAUGGAAUUUCACCAAGACUGUGAAGACCAAGUACAAACCUUCUUGCUUCCCAUACCUGUUGCCCAAGUCUCAUAUCACUGCUGACGAGCUCCCAUUCGUGGUUCCAGGCUCUGUUCCGGCUAACGUCCAGGUUCUGCGAUCACUGGAAUGUUGGUCUGGCGGUUCAAGUGAGAAUUCCAUCUACAAUGCCUACUUGCAAGUCAUUCGCGAUAGUCAGCACUUCAUAUACUUAGAGAAUCAGUUCUUCAUCACCUGCGCAGACGAGCGCAGUGUAUACAAUCAGAUUGGAGACAUGAUCGUCGAGAGAAUCCUCAAAGCACACAGGGCAAAGAAGAACUACCGCGUCUACAUCGUCAUCCCCCUGUUGCCUGGCUUUGAAGGAGACCUCUCUAGUGGCAGUGGGAAUUCCAUCCAGACUAUACUGCACUUCACAUUCCGGUCCAUGUGCAGAGGAGAGUAUUCAAUAGUUGAGCGUCUGAAAAAAUACAUGGGGGAUAACUGGGUCAGCUACAUCACAUUCUGCGGGCUGAGGACUCAGGCUGAGCUGGACAGCAAGCUGGUGACAGAACUUAUCUACAUCCACAGUAAGAUGCUAAUUGCCGACGAUCGCCAAGUGAUUAUAGGUUCGGCAAACAUAAAUGACCGGAGCAUGUUGGGAAAGAGGGACAGUGAGAUGGCUGUACUUGUGGAAGACAGUGAGAUGGAGGCGUCUGUCAUGGAUGGCCAGGAGUAUCAGGCAGGACGCUUCGCACUGAAUCUCCGGCGAGAUUGCUUCAGGAUACAUCUUGGGCUCUCUGAUGCCGAGAUGGGAAGAGUUCAGGAUCCAGUGAGUGAUCAGUGCUUCCAGGAGAUCUGGAAUGCCACAGCAACCAGGAAUGCAACCAUUUAUGACCAGGUUUUUAAAUGUCUCCCAUCGAAUUCUACUCCAAACCUGGAGGAAUUGCGUGCAUUUGUGUCGGCGCCUGCCCUUGUGACUGAGAAUCCCGAGGAAGCUCGGGAGAAGAUCAAGGAAGUCCGUGGCUUCUUGGUCCAAUAUCCACUCUACUUCCUGUGUGACGAACACCUACUGCCUCCACUGAACACGAAAGAAGGUAUGGUUCCAACUGAAGUUUGGACCUAAUCGGAAUUCUGCCAACUGGUUGAAAAAAUACUUGGACCAGCUUCAGAUCUUAAUCCCUCUAACUUUUGUACCUUUCCCUCGAAAACACACGCAAUGGUCCAUUUGAGUGACUGUAAUAGAAGGUCAUGUGGACUCUGGAGUUGGUAACAACCAAUCAGAAUGUCUUCAUCAAAAAUGAGAUUUUCAGUCUUCCCCUUUGGCUUACUGCUGAUCACUCCAACAUGCUUGGUGGAAAGAGAAAUUGGACGUACCAUCAGCAGAUGUCACGUGUGUCCAAAUGUUUUCUGGUUGCCCAGCACCAUGAAAAACACCCGGAAGACCCCUGAAGACAACCUGCCUCAGAAGCUGCUGAGUGGUUAUACAUCUCUCCGCUGUUUACAGGUCCCCACGUGUCACUUUUUCUCAUGUUUGUUUUCAAUUUUUUUAUUAUGAAAUUGUACAAAUCAAAUGUUAAAGGAGCACUAUCUUCUAGAAUUCUUCACACUAUUGCUAGCAUCCCUGAGAAACACUGGAACGAGCUUUGUGCACUUUGUUGCUUGCUUUGAGUUACUGAUUAUGUUUUGCCAGCUGUGCACACAGCUUGUCGAUCUUCUUAAAUACAAUCUUUUGAUAGUUUCAUUCUGCAUCUCAAAGUCUGACCAUCACCAAUAUGUGCCGUGUUGUAUGACAUGGGUGAUCAUGGUCUUGAUCAUGAUUGGUCUUGGCUAUUUUUUUCUACAGAAGUGAUUCUUAUUCUUCGGAGAUUGUCUGCCUGGAGUCAGUGGUCACAUAACCAGGACUUGUGAUGUGCACCAGCCGCUCAUACGACCAUCCACCACCUGCUCCCAUGGCUUCACAUGACCCUGAUUCAGAGGGGUAGGGGGUUAGCUAAGCAGGUGUUACACCUUGCCCAUAAGUGAUCUACAGGCUAGCAGGGGAAGGAGCACCUUACACCUCCUUUGGUGGAGAUGCAUCCACCACCCAAGAGGUAGAGAUGGGGUGGACAGAGUCUUUUGCCCAGGAUGGAAACAUGAGAUACAUUGUCCAGAGGCCCAAAAUGAGAGGAGGGAGAUAUAAAGGAGAUUUACUAGAGAAGUUCAGAGCGAUGGGUGCCUGGGAUGAUAAAACAGCAACGUGGUAGAGGCAUUUGGGCAGGCCCAUGAACAGGCAGGGAUGGAGAAAGAUGGAUCACCUGCAGGCAGGCCAGAUUGGUUGGCAGAAACAUAGUGAGCUGAAUGACCUGUUUCUGUGCUGUACCCUCCUACGUUCUCCACUGUCCACGAGAAAGAGUGCUCAUUACUUCGGUUCAUGUGACCCAUUGAGUCUAUGGUGGCAACUGGUUAUCCCCCUUUAUUUUUCUCCACGGACCCCUCUAUUAAUAGUAGGGGUCCAUGACUUCAAAGGGGUAGGGAACCCCUGCCUUGCACCAUUCUCUUUCAUGCAUGCCCACCCAUUCCACCACUACUAUGUCCACUUAUCUUAGGUGCUUUGGAGGAAAGGGGAAGUCCAUGCCAUCACAGGGACAACAGGCAGACUCCACACAGACAGAGUUCAAGUUUAAUUGUCAGUCAAUCAUACAUGAGUACCCAUCAACACAGACAAACAAAUCAGUGUAACUGUGGGGUCAAGGUGCAAAACACACUACUGACAGUCACACACAGCACAAAGCACACAAGCAGUAAAAUAGAGUCACACAAAGAAUAUAAUCCAAGGCUCUGUUGCAGAUAUCUUCAAAGUUCAAAGUACAUAUAUGUCACCAUAUACAACCCUGAGAGAAUUUUUUUGCGGGCAUGCUUAAUAAAUCUAUAGAAUAAAACUAUAACAGAAUCAACUAGAACAUUCAACCAGACUGCAGAAAACAAAAAAACUGUGCAGAUACAAUGAGAAAGAAAUAAUAAUAAGCAAUAAAUACAGAGAACAUAAGAUGAAGAGUCCUUGAAAGUUAGUCCAUAGGUUGUGGGAAUAUUUCAGUGAUGGGACUAGUGAAGUUAUCCCCUUUGUUCAAGAGCCUAAUGGUUGAGGGGUAAUAACUGUUCCUGAACCUGGUGGUGUGAGUUCUGAGGCUCCGUACCUUCUUCCUGAUUGCAGCAUGGUUUGGGUGGUGGGGAUCCCCAGUGAUUAAACACAAUAUGGCUUGUCUUCUUCCGAAUGAACACUAGGGGGACAGAGCCGACGCCGCACCACAUUGCUUCUGGUGGAGCACGCUGACUCCGUCACCUCUCUCAGCCGGCACCAUGGUUUGAGGCAUAGUUGUCGCCACAACCAGAGUCCUUGUAGCUACGAUCGUAGCAGCACUAGCUGCUCACCUUAAACCGAUUCCCUAUGUAUCUAACAGAGCAUUGUGCUGCCCAAGAACCCAUCACAGCUCAUGAAGUGUAUUGCCAUCUGCACAAGUCUGUGUGCGCACAAUGUGCAAUGGAAACCCUACCUGCAUCAGCACCGCCGGCUCAUCACAUCGGACACAACUUUCAGAAGAAACACAAAAAUUAUACAAGAAAAAACAGAACAAAAUAAAGUCCUUUGUAGUGCAAAGAGUCUGUUGUGUUGCUACACCAAGGUGGUGAUUAGGGUUGUGCCAGCUGGGUUCAAGCAGGCUUCUGCACCUCCUGCCCAAUGGGUGCUAUGAGACUAUGGCAUGGCCAAGAUUGCCCCAGUUGUAAGAAGAUCAUGAGGCAAUAAAGUAUAGGAGCAGAAUUUCAUCAUGGCUGAUCCACUUUUCCUCUCAGCCCCUAUCUCCUGCCUCCUCCCCUGUAUUCCCUCAUGCCCUGACCAAUCAAGAAUCUAUCAACCUCUACCUUAAAUAUACUAAAGACUUGGCUCUGCAGCUGCCUGUGGGAACAAAUUCCAUAGAUUCACCAUUCUCUGGCUGAAGAAAUUCCUCCAUUCUAAAAGGACACCCCUCUAAUCUUCAACUGUGUCCUCUGGUCUUAGACUCCCCCCACUAGAAUCAUUCUCUCUAUUGAAGGCUUUUUCCAUUCAAUGAGGUCACCUCUCAUUCUUCUGAAUUCCAGUGAGUACAGGCCCAGGGCCACCAAACACUCCUCAUAUGAUAAGAUUUUGAAUUCUAGAAUCAUUUUCGUGAACCUCCUUUGAACCCUCUCCAAUAUUAGCACAUGCUUUCUUAGAUAAGGAGCCCAAAGCUGCUCACAAUACUCAAAGUGAGGUCAAAUAUAGGAAAUCUAGCAGGAAGAACAAUAAUACAAUAAUCUGCUAUCUUCAGUGAUAAUAGUGAAAGGGAAAACUGAGUCCUUAUCACACUUUCACAUUCUCCAGUUCAAGGUGAUAUCUAGAGGACACUGCCUCUCAGCAGGGAGACGAUCCCUCAGUGCUACCAUGCACUUGCAUAGAUCAAUGCCUCGUGAACUUUGAGUAGGACCAACAAUCUUCAAACUCAAAGCCAAGGGUGCUACCACCAAGCUAAACCUCGUGUGGCUCUCACAGCAGGAGCAAAGUUGUCAUUGCCGAGACAGGUUCAACAAUCAGGCAUGUGGCUGGAACUCAUGGUCUUAAAAUCACACUGUGCACCGUUCCUUGCUGAUUCCUGUCCAAAUGCUGCUGACGUCUUGCUUGUCUUUCAAAAGAUAUAUUAAUAUUAACCAUAUUUUUGUAUAAAUAAAAUCUUCCCUGCCAUUACCUUGUUCUGUUAUUAUUUCA